AUGACAGAGAAAUCAUUUGUGAGCAGCCCUAUUGUUAGGGACUCGGUAUUAUUGGUGCCAAAGUCAUUAAUAGCCAAGCCGUACGUUUUACCGUUUUUCCCAUUAUACGCUACUUUUGCCCAAUUAUAUUUUCAACAAUAUGAUCGCUAUAUUAAAGGACCUGAGUGGACUUUUGUUUAUUUGGGGACAUUGGUGUCUUUGAAUAUCCUGGUUAUGUUAAUGCCUGCUUGGAACGUCAAGAUUAAGGCUAAAUUUAACUACAGUACCACCAAAAAUGUCAAUGAAGCUACUCACAUUCUUAUCUACACCACACCAAAUAAUGGUGCUGAUGGUAUUGUAGAAAUUCAAAGGGUUACUGAGGCAGGCUCUUUGCAGACUUUUUUUCAGUUUCAAAAGAAAAGAUUCUUAUGGAAUGAAGGUCAGCAGGUUUUUUCCUCACCAAAGUUCCUCGUUGAUGAAUCGCCAAAGAUUGCUGAUUUUCAGAAAUGCAAGGGCCAUUCCGGUGACUUAACUCACUUGAGGAGGCUAUAUGGUGAGAACAGUUUUGAUAUUCCUAUUCCGACCUUUAUGGAGUUAUUCAAAGAGCACGCUGUUGCACCAUUGUUUGUUUUCCAAGUUUUCUGUGUUGCAUUAUGGUUAUUAGAUGAGUUUUGGUAUUAUUCUUUGUUCAACUUAUUCAUGAUCAUUUCUAUGGAAGCAGCUGCAGUUUUUCAAAGAUUGACUGCAUUGAAGGAAUUUAGAACUAUGGGUAUUAAGCCUUAUACCAUCAACGUACUUAGAAAUAAAAAAUGGGUGCCUUUACAAACUAAUGAAUUGUUACCUAUGGAUUUAGUCUCUGUAACAAGAACUGCCGAAGAUAGUGCAAUGCCUUGUGAUUUGAUUCUGCUCGAUGGUUCAUGUAUUGUUAACGAAGCAAUGCUUUCAGGUGAAUCUACUCCGCUGUUAAAGGAAUCCAUCAAAUUGCGUCCUAGUGAAGACAGUUUACAGCUGGAUGGUGUUGACAAGAUUGCGGUACUACAUGGUGGGACAAAAGCUUUACAAGUUUCUCCUCCUGAACAUAAAUCGGAUAUCCCACCUCCACCUGAUGGAGGUGCUUUAGCCAUUGUCACUAAGACUGGGUUUGAAACAUCUCAAGGUUCAUUAGUUCGUGUUAUGAUUUACUCUGCUGAACGUGUUUCUGUCGAUAAUAAGGAGGCGUUGAUGUUCAUCCUUUUCUUGUUAAUUUUCGCUGUCGUUGCAUCCUGGUACGUUUGGGUUGAAGGUACAAAAAUGGGUAGAAUUCAAUCCAAAUUAAUCUUGGACUGUAUCUUAAUUAUAACAUCUGUUGUUCCUCCUGAAUUGCCAAUGGAAUUGACCAUGGCCGUAAACAGUUCCCUGGCUGCCCUUGCCAAGUUUUAUGUCUAUUGUACAGAACCAUUUAGGAUCCCCUUUGCUGGUAGAAUUGAUGUUUGUUGUUUUGAUAAGACUGGUACUUUGACCGGUGAGGACCUUGUGUUUGAGGGUCUAGCUGGUAUUUCUGAAGACUCGGAGAAUAUUCGUCACUUAUACAGCGCAGCUGAAGCGCCAGAAAAUACUAUUCUUGUCAUUGGUGCUGCUCAUGCCUUGGUUAAAUUGGAUGAUGGUGAUAUUGUUGGAGAUCCAAUGGAAAAGGCAACCUUGAAUGCUGUUGGUUGGGCUGUCCAAAAGAAAAAUAGUAACUAUAGAGAAGGUACCGGUAAAUUGGAUAUCAUCCGUAGAUUUCAAUUUUCUUCCGCUUUAAAAAGGUCUGCUUCUAUUGCUUCUCACAACAAUACCUUGUUUGCUGCUGUUAAGGGUGCACCGGAAACUAUCCGUGAUAGACUUUCCAACAUUCCCAAGAAUUACGACGAGAUUUAUAAAUCCUUUACGCGUUCUGGUUCAAGAGUUUUGGCCUUGGCUUCUAAGCAAUUACCAAAGCUGUCACAAUCUAAAAUUGAUGACUUAAAGCGUGAUGAUAUUGAGUCCGACUUGACUUUCAAUGGAUUUUUGAUUUUCCAUUGCCCUUUGAAGGAUGAUGCUAUUGAAACUAUCAAAAUGUUAAAUGAAUCUUCCCACCGCUCCAUUAUGAUUACUGGUGAUAACCCAUUGACAGCCGUUCAUGUGGCUAAGGAAGUUGGAAUCGUUUUUGGUGAAACUUUAAUUUUAGACAGAGCAGGUAAAUCAGAUGAUGGUCAAUUGUUGUUCCGUGAUGUUGAAGAGACAAUUUCUAUUCCAUUCGAUCCAUCAAAAGACACUUUCGAUCAUUCCCAAUUAUUUGAUAGAUAUGAUAUUGCUGUUACUGGUUAUGCUUUGAAUGCCUUAGAGGGACAUUCCCAACUAAGGGAGCUAUUGCGUCACUCCUGGGUUUAUGCACGUGUAUCACCAUCCCAAAAGGAGUUUUUGUUAAAUACACUAAAAGAUAUGGGGUAUCAGACUUUAAUGUGCGGUGAUGGUACUAAUGAUGUCGGUGCUCUGAAACAAGCCCACGUUGGUAUUGCAUUGUUGAAUGGUACUGAAGAAGGUUUGAAAAAGUUGGGUGAACAACGCAGAUUGGAAAGUAUGAAAAUGAUGUAUAUGAAGCAAACUGAAUUCAUGGCUAGAUGGAAUCAACCACAACCACCUGUUCCUGAGCCAAUUGCACACUUAUUCCCACCUGGUCAAAAAAAUCCUCAUUAUCUAAAAACUUUAGAAAGUAAAGGUACUGUCAUUACACCAGAAAUCAGAAAAGCAGUUCAAGAAGCAAAUUCUAAACCCGUCGAAGUUGUUAAGCCGAAUGAGCUUUCAGAGAAGAAACCUACUGAUUUAGCUUCUAUGUUGUUAAAUUCUGCCGGUGAUGCCCAAGGCGAUGAAGCCCCAGCACUAAAGUUGGGUGAUGCCUCCUGUGCAGCUCCCUUUACUUCUAAGCUUGCCAAUGUUUCUGCUGUUACCAACAUUAUACGUCAAGGUCGUUGUGCUUUGGUUAACACUAUUCAAAUGUACAAAAUUUUGGCAUUGAAUUGUUUAAUUAGUGCUUAUUCUUUGUCCAUCAUUUACAUGGCUGGUGUCAAGUUUGGUGAUGGCCAAGCAACUGUCUCUGGUUUGUUAUUAUCGGUCUGUUUCUUGAGUAUCUCCCGCGGUAAACCUUUGGAGAAGCUAUCGAAGCAAAGGCCACAAUCUGGAAUAUUCAAUGUUUACAUUAUGGGAUCCAUUUUGUCUCAAUUCGCCGUUCAUAUUGCCACUUUGAUCUACAUCACAACAGAGAUUUAUAAACUGGAACCUAGGGAACCACAAGUUGACCUUGAAAAGGAGUUUGCUCCAUCAUUAUUAAACACAGGUAUUUUCAUUAUUCAAUUGGUGCAACAAGUUUCUACAUUUGCUGUUAAUUAUCAAGGUGAACCAUUUAGAGAAAACAUUAGAAGUAACAAGGGUAUGUAUUAUGGUUUAUUGGGUGUGACAGGAUUGGCACUUGCAAGUGCUACUGAAUUUUUCCCUGAGCUGAACGAGGCUAUGAAGUUUGUGCCAAUGUCGGAUAAUUUUAAGGUUAAAUUAACUUUAACAUUAUUACUUGAUUUCUUUGGUAGUUGGGGUGUUGAACAUGUUUUCAAAUUUUUCUUCAUGGAUGACAAACCAUCUGACAUUUCGGUCCAAAAAGUAAAGAUUGCAUCCAAAUGA